AUGGCAGACUCCACCACUUCUACUUCUACUUCUCUGGCCCUUUCCUCCUCCCCUCCCUCGCGCCAGACUUUCUCCUCUCCCAGCUCCUACUUCACCUCGCUCGCUCGGAGACGCCAACAAAAGAAAAUGAGCAUCACUCAGACCUACUACCUCGCCCACACCGCCCGCAAGAAGCUCACGCGCGAGGCCUCGCGGGCGGACCAUGACCUGCGUCUCCUCGUCGGACACGCCAACCUUCUCGAUUCGCUGAUGCUCGACCUCGCUGCCGCCGAGCAAGAACAAGAACGCUGGUUCAACCAGACCGUCAGCGGCGCCACCAAGACCACUCCCGACGCCGAGCCCCGCCGCAUCCAAUGGGCCGAGACCGUCGUCGAGGAGCCCGAGGAAGAUUGGGACGCCGACGACCUGUCGGACGUCGACUCGGAUGUCAGCGACGACGACUCCGACCUGAGCGAAGAUGAAUACGAACCCACCCUCUACACUCCCGUCCGCCGACGGGCCCCGUCGCCCGUCGCGGUCAUCCGCGAGAAAGAAGUGGAGGAAGACUACGAGACCGACUCGGACUCGGAGUUCGAGUAUGACGAUGCCGAGGACCUGGAGGAAUUGACUCUCACUCGAUCCCCCUCCCGGCAAUCGCCGCCCGAAUUGUCCCUGGACUUGGACGAGGAGUCGGAAGACGACUCCAUGCCGCCGUCCCCGCCUCAACCCACGCUGGACUCGUUCAGCGAGAAGGGCGUCCAAAACACCGAAAUCCCGCUGUCCGAUGCCGAAUUGGACCAGGGGUAUUACAUCUCCAACCCACCGCAGAACCCGAUGAUUGAGGCCUAUUAA